CUCCGGUUCUCCAGGCGCGCCUCGGUUUCGGCCAGUCAACGCCAUUAGAUUGCCCCCCCCCACACACACCCUUACCCCCCCUCCGCCCCCCCCCCUCCGCCUCAGGACGAGAAGCCGGGCGAGGAGGAGCGACGGGGAAAGGAAGCUUCGGUCCACGGAGACCGCCAUUGACGUUUGACUUUUCGGGCGAGCGGCGGAAGUAGGGCGGCUGCCCGAAAGGCGACCGGGAUAAGCCGGCAGCUCUUCCUUUUUGGCCGUCCUCUCCCGGACCCCAGUCUCCUCCCCACCCAUGCGCCUUUCAAAAUGGCUGGAAUCCCUUUGUAUUUUGUGGAUUUGCAGGAUGACUUAGAUGAUUUUGGGUUUGAAGACUAUGGACCAGAUUGUGAGAGCAUGAGGAUAACUGCUUUCCUGGACAUUCCAGGGCAGGAUAACUUAACUCCACUUGGACGUUUAGAAAAAUAUGCUUUUAGUGAUAAUAUAUUUAACAGGCAAAUAAUUGCCAGGGGUCUACUUGAUGUCUUUCGAGAUUUCAAUCAUAAUGAGGAAGAUUUCUUGACAGUUAUGUCAAUAGUGGUCCGGCUGUCUGAAGAUACAGAACCUACUGUACGGACAGAAUUAAUGGAACAGAUACCACCCAUUGCCAUUUUUCUACAGGAGAGUAGGCCAAACUUCCCUGCAGCAUUUUCUGAAUACCUUAUGCCUAUAGUGGUGAGAUACCUCACAGAUCCAAAUAAUCAGGUUAGAAAAGCAAGCCAGGAUUCAUUGCUAAUAUUACUGGAUCAACAACUUAUUGCUCAACAUGAUAUUGAAAAUAAGGUGUGUCCAAUUCUGCUGGAACUUUCUGCUCCUGAAAGUGAUGAUGAAUACAAGGUGGAGGCAGUCAAUAUAAUCUGCAAAAUGGCAUCUAUGGUGAACAAAUCUACUCUUGAGCGCUUGCUGCUUCUUCGAUUCUGUGAGCUUUGCAGUGAUGGAAAACUCUUUCAAGUCCGGAAGGUCUGUGCAGCCAGCUUUGGUGAUAUAUGCAGCGCAGUUGGGCAGGAAGCCACAGAAAAUAAUUUGAUUCCAAAGUUUUUUGAGCUCUGCUCUGAUAACAUUUGGGGUAUGCGGAAAGCUUGUGCUGAAUGCUUUAUGGCUGUCUCCUGUACCGUUUCUCCUGAGGUUCGGAGGACCAAACUGUCUCCCCUCUUCAUUGGUCUCAUUAGUGAUCCUUGCAGAUGGGUUCGUCAAGCUGCUUUCCAAUCACUUGGUCCUUUCAUUUCUACUUUUGCAAACCCUUCCAGUGCUGGUCUUUACAUUCGAGAGGAUGGGACGCUCAGCAUCCGCCCUUGUAGUCCAUGCCCAGACCACAGUGCAAAUUUAAAGUUAUCAAGAUCAGAGAAUUCAAUGGAAAAUAAAUUGGAAUCUUUGGCAGUGGAAUCUUCUUUCACCCCUGUGGUUUGUUCUGAAAUGUCACACUUGGAUGCACAGAAUCAAUGUUCUGCCAUACACAUCAAUUUUGGAAUAGAUCAGACUAUUUUACCUCAGGGAGAUGAGACUUUUUUAACCAAUGAUAUUAAAAACUGUCAAACCGGCGAAUAUCAUCAGGAAAUUAGCUCAAGAAUCCAGUCCGGACAGGAUGUGUUUAAUACUUUCUUAUACUGGCGACCUCCUCUUCCUGAUAUAAGCCAAGAUAUAGAGCUUCUUCAGGGCAAGACAGAGAUACAUGACAGCACCUCGGUAUCACAGGCACUUUAUAAUAACUGCGUUGCCAGCAGUGAAAUUAAAAAAGUUCUGCAAAGUUUGCAGGAGCACAUGGACGACCCCGAUGUUCAAGCUCAGGUUCAAGUACUGUCUGCUGCACUCAGAGCUGCCCAUCUUGAUUCUGUUAGUGGCUGCGACAGCAAGCAGAAUGUGGAAGCUAAUGAUACCUAUCAAGAAGACAUCCCAAAUUUGGUCUGUACUUCCAGAACAGCAGAUGUGAAUAUCUUAUCUUCAUUGCCAAGUCUGGCUGAUGUGAUUGAACUACCUGAUCCAACUAUAAUAAAAAAUGCGAAGUCAGAAGAACAACAUAACGAUGUCAACAAAGCCUUAGAGGCACAAGGGAAUGAUCCACGUCUUGAAGAAGAUAAAUCAAAAUUGCAGGACAUUAUACCUCAGCCUUUGUUGGAACAGUAUUUAUCUAUGACAGACCCUGCUCGAGCACAGACAGUUGAUACUGAAAUUGCGAAACACUGUGCAUACAGUCUUCCUGGUGUGGCCUUAACACUUGGCAGGCAAAAUUGGCAUUGUUUGAAGGACACCUAUGAAACUUUAGCAUCCGAUGUACAGUGGAAAGUCCGUCGCACGCUUGCUUUUUCCAUUCACGAGUUGGCUGUAAUUCUGGGAGAUCAGCUAACAGCAGCCGAUUUAGUGCCUAUUUUCAAUGGUUUCUUAAAAGAUCUGGAUGAAGUACGCAUUGGAAUCCUCAAACAUCUUUAUGAUUUCUUAAAGUUGCUUCAUGCUGAAAAAAGACGUGAAUACCUUUUUCAGCUUCAAGAAUUUGUGGUAACCGACAAUAGCAGGAAUUGGCGAUUUCGUUAUGAACUUGCAGAGCAGCUCAUUUUAAUACUUGAACUUUAUAAUCCCAAUGAUGUGUACGACCAUUUGAGACUUAUUGCACUAACACUCUGUUCAGAUAAAGUUUCUGAAGUCCGGUGGAUCUCCUUCAAAUUGGCUGUAGCAAUACUUCAGAAGUUCUAUGCAUACAAUGCAACCUCUCUGGGAUUAAAUUUCAUCAAUGAGUUGAUUAUGAGAUUCCGCCAUUGUUCCAAGUGGAUUGGUCGGCAAGCGUUUGCUUUCAUCUGCCAGGCAGUAGUUGAAGAAGAAUGCAUGCCUGUGGACCAGUUUGUUGAACAUCUGUUGCCCAGCCUUCUAAGCCUGGCUUCCGAUCCUGUGCCAAACGUCCGGGUUUUGCUUGCCAAAGCAUUGAAGCAGACAUUAUUGGAGAAAGCGUAUUUUAGAAGUGUCGGGAAUCCUCAUCUGGACGCUGUGGAAGAGACUGUUUUGGUUCUCCAAGCAGAUAGGGAUCAAGAUGUUUCGUUUUUUGCCACCAUCAAACCAAAACUCAGUAACAUGCAUAUCACGUUACUUGAAAAAGAAAAUUAACAUUUUUUGUGCAUGUAGUCUAUGAAAUUACUAUUCAGCUAGCAAGUUCCUGCUAUGACUACUAACCAACGUGGUGGAAGAGAACUCUUAUCAAGGAAAUAAUGCAAUUCGCAAGAAAAGGCCAUGUUCUUAAUUCUGUUUAUUAAAGUGAGAAACAUGUUUGUCCUUUUAUGUACAUGCCACCUUGAUAUGGAAUAUUUGUUUUUUAAAUUUUGUAUAUAAUUAUGUUCUUUCAUGAAUACAAGGAGCAAUGCUUAUCUCUUAUCAAAAAUCCAGCUAUAUGUUCAUAUGAUUAUGUGAGCUUGUUCAUAUUCACAGCUUGAACAUCAUUCCGCAAACUAAGAAUAUGCCUUUCACACUGACUCAAGUUACAGUGACAAACCAAGACAAUGCUUGGUUUGACUGAAAUUAAGAGCAUGGUUGGUGAACCUAAAAUACGUGGGCCUCCUGCUUAUUUUUUUCUUAAUUGAACCACAGGCAUUCCCAUUUUAUUGUAUUACAUUAUUUAAAGCAUAAAAAUGUGCUCUUUGGUAAAAAUAAGUUAAGAAAACAAAUCUGCAACUUGAAAAAAUAUAUGGUAAAAGUACAGAUUAAUGUUCUCUUUAAGGUAAUAGCAGACAGUUUCAUGAGUGUUAGCAGAGCCUGGGAAGUUAAAUGAACUAUUCUUUGUCCUUCCUAUUCACCUCAUUCUUUCUCUUGGCUGGUGCUGGCAUGUCUUCUGUGGAAAACUGCGGUUCUCAGCUACAUCUGAAGAAAUCCUUACAUAUUUUCUAGGGUAUAUUUCAUAGGAGGUGGAUUGAUGCUCGGGCCUAUAAACUGUUAGAUUUUGCCACGGAAUAGGGCUGACAUGUUUUGGGGAGUUUCUCAACAUUUGCUCAAUAGAAGGAAAUUUAAGAAUUUUCCCUUAGGAGCAAGAAGCUAGGGAUAUGAAUUAGCAUAAGUUUGAAGUUCCAAGAAUUGAGUGUGUAUACUGGAGAUAUUCUCCCCCCCCCAUUGACAGAAAAUUCAGUAUGAAGUAUUUUAUCAAGUGAUCUGUACAGCCCUUGGGUUUUGCAGAUUCCAUGUGUAUUCCAUGAUCAGCUAUUUCUGAAGAUUGGGAGACCUUCUGAAAUAGCUUUCCACUUAGUGUGGGAGGAUCACCACUUAGAGGGCAAAUGCCCUGAUCUCACUAUGUGCAUAUGAAGUCAUAUUACUUAGACCUGCAGUCUCCAACCUUGGCAACUUUAAGACUUGUGGACUUCGACUCCCAGAAUUCCUGGCUGAGGAAUUCUGGGAGUCGAAGUCCACAAGUCUUAAAGUUGCCAAGGUUGGAGACCCCUGACUUAGACCAGCCUUGAUCCCUGAGCUGCUUGUUAAAGCUAUGAAUAAAGUAAAAUAAUCGUUUUUCUUAAUUGCUUUGGACAAGGUAAAAAAUGGGGGGGAAAAUAAGGGGGAGAAAAGGAAAGGGUAAGAGGUAGAUCAAUGUUUAUCUUGAUUUUACAUUGUUAAAAUACAGUAAUACAUGCAAGGGAUUUGGAAAAACAAUGAGACUCAGUCUGUGAAGUGUUUCCCAACCUUGGCAAUUUUCAGAUAUCUGGACUAGCUGGCUGGGGAAUUCUGGGAGUAUUUAAAGUUAUGAAGGUUGAAAAACAGUGGUCUGGUGAGAGCUGAUGGACAUAACAUUCCCGGUUUAAAGAUUAUACUGUUGAGUCCUCUAGCUCUAGUUAGAUACGAACAUGUAACUUAUACAAUAAAUUUACUAUAUGUACUAGUGUAAGAACGAAACCCCCACAAAACAGCCCCUCUUACAGCAUGAUUUGUUUGGCAGAACAAAAAUGUAUAUGACAUAGGCACCUCCUAGGAAUCAUUCACGGAAAUAAAUGAUCAUUGCUUGAGUUAACGGUUUUUCAGCUAUGGAACAAUAUUCUUAAAAAUGUUUUUAAAUUGUGUAUUGAUAUAGACAUAAGGUUUUUAAUCCCAAAAAUCUAUAAGAAAGAUUUUAAUUUUGGGAUAAACAUGGUGGAAUCACUUUAGAAAAUAUGUAAAAUACGCUUUGUUGCAAGCCUGAUUAUUUAGCUAAUAUCUUAAAUGUCCUUGUUACAAAUAAGUAGUUGUCCUGUGUAUUGUCCGUUUGUGUCUUUUUAAAAAAAAAAAAAACACCCGACAGUGAUUUAAUUUAUUAGAAUUGUUUAACACAUUUUGGACACAAUGCUAUGAAAGAUUGUGUUCCAGGUUGCGAAACAGUUUUUAGAUUUUAUAAUAAUCUUAUUUACUUUGCAAGUUUCUAAAAUGUUUUUUGAACAUCUAAAAAUAUGUCUUUGGUAUUUCAGUAUAAAAAUGUGUAAACUAAAUUCUGCAAGCUGAUUCUAUAUUUAAGUGUUUGAGUAAGUUUUAAACAAAAUGCCUCUUCAAUGCAAAUGAUUUUUUAAUGUCUGCAGUUACUCUGCAGUGACAGUUCUUUUGUAGUUUCACUAUCUUUUUCUAAUGCUAGUAUCCUACAGAUAUUUUAAUAGUUAAGAUUUUUCUAAAAAAUUGUUCAAUUUUUGCUUCUGUAAAAAAGUUCAUUUUUUCAUGUUUUCUUAAUGCAUGUAGAAAUGUCUGAAAAGAAACGGUUGUUUGAUGGCCAUGCUAAUUUUAGAUUAGAAUUAUUUCCCGCACUAUCCAACUAAAUAUCAAAAAUACACGUGGAGGACGUUGAUGUAGUUUUCAUGAAAAUACUUUAAUUGGCAUUUAUGCAUGAGUAAAUGGCUGAAAAUUUUCACUGAAAUGACAAAUCAAACUUUUAAUAAUUACCACCUUUUCCUAGAGCUGAGGAUUUUUAAAAAUUAAACAAUUUUCUUUAAAAAAAUUUAAAGAAUGUUUUCAAACUCUAUAGUUGCAUGCAGUAGAGGAAGGAAAAAUUAUGGACACUCCCAACUUGCUUUGGUUCCCCAUAUAUUUUUUACAUUCAGUUUAUUAUUUAACUUUGGGUUAAAAAUAAUUGCACCCACAUCAUUCAUUUCACAAUGGCUGUUAGACCCCCCCACUUAUAAAUCAGCACUGGGAUCUACUGCAGUACAGUAGUCUUAAAACCUGUUUACUUGUAAUAACUGCAUGACAGGUGAUAGUACUUUGCAGGUUGCUCUGUAGGUGAAAAAACACCAUGGACAUCAAGGAAGAUAGUCACAUGCUCUUUUUCAAAUAAUAUAAAUGUAAUUAAGCCUCACAGUGAGUUAAAGCUGAUACAUAGUCACCUCUUCUUACAGAAGCUGCAUGGAUUUCAUUUUGAAAUCAAACCUGGUGUUAUCUGUGGCAACAUAGUUACAACUCUUUAGUUGCAAUUCUGCUGUAGUAGUUAAACCUGUAAAGAAUGGUGGUUAGAAUCCAAAUAGUUGGAUAGAGUCUGAAUGUGCCACUGAUUUUGUAAGAAUCUAUGUAACUUUCUAUUCUUAUUUAUAUCAAUAAAUUCCACCACUGUUUUAUCAAUUA